CCGAAACUCAUGCCUGUGUCCUGACUGGGAAUCGAAGGGUGACCUCUUGGUCCAACCACUGAGCCACACCUGCCGGGCAAGAGCAUGAUUUCAAGUAUCCCAUCAUGUGCCAGCACAUUCUGAACUUGAACUCUUUCUGGACAAGCCAGUUUAUUAGUAAAAUAUUAAAUAGCAAUUAUUAUCCUAAAGUACAAUGCCUUGAUAUUUUGCUUUCCUGACAAAUCAUAUUUUACUUGUAACUACCUCAUAGAGAAAUAUAUAGGGUAGUGGUGAACAAUUUAGCCAAUCACAAAGGAAAAAACACAUUCGAAGAACUAGUACCAAGACAUUGGGAGGUGGGUGACUUCUUGCCCAGGGUUCCCAGCUGUGUUUGUACACAUAAGACUUGAAAACAGGAACAAGACGAGGUUGCCACUUUCCUUUCGGUUGGAUCCCGGAAACUGCAAGCCACUUUGAACCCUGCCUUUUUGUUCACUAAAUCCUGUAUUCCAAACCCUAAAUCUUGGACAUGUUACCUUCUCAAGCGGCUACUUGCUUGCUUGCUACCUGGGACCAGUGGCCUACUCCCCAAUUUCAUUAAGCUUUUCAGAUUUUUGAAACAGGAAUUCAAGAUACUAAAACUUUGUUGAUGGUGUUUUGGAUUGGGGCUUUCCACAAGUGGUGAUACUGAAAAAAUCAUCCGUAGGAAACUACCUUAAACAGACCCUAGCUAGAUCUCAGCUCCACUGUUCGUAAAUGUGGUGAGGUGUGUUAAAGAACAGAAGUUCAACCCCGGUAAAUUUGAAGAUCUAAUUGGCUUUAUUAAAUGAUUCAUGAAUUGGCAACUCAUCUAGUAAAUAGAAGGGAGCCCCAAGUAGUUGUACAAAACGGAAGGUUUUUAUAGGCAGGAGGGUGGGUCAACGAGGUUAAAAGAAUGGGUUGUUUCAGACUAGGUCAACUUCCUUUGCGAGAAGGCAGAGGGAUCUUUUCAGGCAGCUUACCUCACCAGAAGAGCAACACCCACCAUAAUGUCUCCCCUUGCCCAUGGCCAGGGGAUGCUAAUAACUUUAUCUGGCCCAGUUUCCUAUAAGAAUCUUGCACUUUGUAGUACUCAGCACAGGUCUCUUAUUUACAAGGUGGGAUGCUGCACAAUUCAUGAAUCACUAAAAAAGCCAAUUAGAUCUUUAAAUUUAUUUGGUUGAAUUUUGUUUUGUUUUUUAACAGAUUCUUUUCCUGCCCUGCCACUUAAAAAGGCUCUGUGACCUUGGGAAAGUUUGGCUUCUCAGUUCUUCAGCUACGUGAUUUUUUUAAAGUACAGAUGGUUGUAAAAUCAAUCAAAUUGCUGAUUGAUUUAAAAUUCCACUCGUGGGAGAGAAUGAAACUGCAUAUUGAGUCUUGGUGAAGCUUACCACAGUGAUUCCAUUUUGGGUCUAUUUUUAACAGGUGCUUCUGGCUUCUGUUAAGCUGGCUGCCUCUACUGUCUUCUCCGCAGAAGACAGUGAAUGGAGAAUUCUCCCUAAGGUCAGCGUUUCAUUAAUUGCCUCGCUCUGGCUGCUAUAGUAUCCCAGGCAUCGAUCCAAUCCUACUAUCAAAAUUGCCCGGAGAUGGCCAGCAGGUCGGACCUCGGUCUUCCAGGGACUGCCCCGAGUCACUGAGUGGAGUGGGACGCGCCUUGAGCAGUUUACUAUCUCCGUGGGCGGUGGCCCAAGGCGCGGGACCUAUCCGAUGACCGGAUUGGGCCUUGCCCCUGUCCAUCAUCCGACGGCUCUGGGCGCCGACUGUUUUGCCGUAAGAUUUGGAAGUUGAGCACCGCCUCUGGAAACGAGGGGCGUGAAGAUUGGCGAAGGUAAACGUUGUGCGUAUUUUUCUCCUCAUUGGAUGGCUACUGUGUCAGUCAUACUCUCCGCUGCUCCCGUUGGCGGGAAGGCUCCGGGCUGGUGGCGUGGACACAGUGCAGCCCCGCCCAAGUUGCGAUCCGGGCGCGUGACGUCUCAGAUAUUUGUUGUUGGGGUUUGGGCCUCAUUAAUUAUUCAUUAAGCCCUUGAAAGGGCUGUAGCGAUUGGUGGCUGGGAAGCCUGGUCGAUUGUUUCUUAGCUAGAGAUAGGUGUCGCCCUCUACGCGGCCGAAGAAGUUUCGCAUAAAUUAUUCCGAUGAGGUGUGGGGCGGGGCUACGCAUAGAUUAGGCAAAUGAGCAGGGGAGGGACGCGAGGCCGGGUACGAAUGAGCCUAAGUUAUUAAAGAUGGCGGCGGAGCGGAGUCGCUCCCCGAUGGACUCGCCGGUCCCGGCCUCUAUGUUCGCCCCCGAGCCCAGCUCCCCGGGGGCGGCCAGGGCCGCGUCGGCUGCCGCCCGGCUCCACGACGGCUUCGACUCGGACUGCAGCGAGGACGGCGAGGCGCUCAAUGGCGAGCCGGAGCUGGACCUCACCAACAAGCUGGUUCUAGUGAGCCCUACGUCAGAGCAGUAUGACAGCCUACUUCGGCAGAUGUGGGAGAGGAUGGACGAGGGAUGCGGAGAGACCAUAUAUGUCAUUGGGCAGGGAUCAGAUGGGACUGAGUACGGGCUGAGUGAAGCGGACAUGGAGGCCUCCUACGCCACAGUGAAAAGCAUGGCCGAGCAGAUAGAGGCCGACGUCAUCCUCCUGCGGGAACGGCAGGAAGCGGGGGGCCGCGUGCGUGAUUACCUGGUCCGGAAGCGAGUGGGAGACAAUGACUUCCUGGAGGUCAGGGUAGCGGUAGUGGGCAACGUGGAUGCUGGCAAAAGCACGCUUCUGGGGGUCCUGACACACGGGGAGCUGGACAAUGGCCGAGGCUUUGCCCGCCAGAAACUCUUCCGCCACAAACAUGAGAUCGAAUCUGGUCGCACCAGCAGUGUGGGCAACGACAUUCUGGGCUUUGACAGCGAAGGCAAUGUGGUGAACAAGCCAGACAGCCACGGUGGCAGCCUGGAGUGGACGAAGAUUUGUGAGAAAUCCACUAAAGUGAUCACCUUCAUUGACUUGGCUGGCCACGAGAAAUACCUGAAGACCACGGUCUUCGGCAUGACGGGCCACCUGCCUGACUUCUGCAUGCUCAUGGUGGGCAGCAAUGCUGGCAUCGUGGGGAUGACCAAGGAGCACCUGGGCUUGGCAUUGGCACUCAAUGUGCCUGUUUUUGUGGUGGUCACCAAGAUUGAUAUGUGUCCUGCUAACAUCUUGCAAGAAACCCUGAAGCUGUUACAGCGCCUGCUGAAGUCGCCAGGCUGCCGGAAGAUCCCUGUGCUGGUGCAGAGCAAGGAUGAUGUGAUCGUUACCGCCUCCAACUUCAGCUCCGAGAGGAUGUGCCCGAUAUUCCAGAUCUCCAACGUCACAGGCGAGAACCUAGAUCUGCUGAAGAUGUUCCUCAACCUCCUGUCCCCCCGCACCAGCUACCGGGAGGAGGAGCCGGCGGAGUUUCAGAUUGACGACACUUACUCUGUGCCGGGUGUGGGGACGGUGGUGUCAGGGACAACACUCAGGGGCCUGAUCAAGCUGAAUGACACGCUGCUGCUGGGCCCGGAUCCUCUGGGGAACUUCCUGUCCAUCGCCGUGAAGUCCAUCCACCGCAAGCGCAUGCCUGUCAAGGAGGUGCGGGGCGGCCAGACAGCCUCCUUUGCGCUGAAGAAGAUUAAGCGCUCAUCCAUCCGGAAGGGAAUGGUGAUGGUUUCCCCGCGUUUGAAUCCCCAAGCAUCCUGGGAAUUUGAGGCCGAGAUCCUCGUCCUCCACCACCCCACCACGAUUAGCCCACGCUACCAGGCCAUGGUGCACUGUGGGAGCAUCAGGCAGACGGCCACCAUUCUGAGCAUGGACAAGGACUGUCUACGCACUGGGGACAAGGCCACGGUGCACUUCCGCUUUAUCAAGACCCCCGAGUACCUGCACAUAGACCAGCGGCUGGUGUUCCGGGAAGGCCGCACCAAGGCCGUGGGCACCAUCACCAAGCUCCUCCAAACCACCAACAACUCCCCAAUGAACUCCAAGCCUCAGCAGAUUAAAAUGCAGUCAACGAAAAAAGGCCCCCUGACCAAACGAGAAGAUGGGGGCCCCCCUGGAGGGCCGGCCGUAGGGGUGCCUCCCCCUGGAGAUGAAGCGGGCUCUCUGGGGGCUGCACAGUCAGCUGCAUCCAGCAGUCUCCAGCCAACGCUCAAGCCCAGCAGUGGGGGCCGGCGACGAGGGGGCCAGCGUCACAAGGUGAAGAACCAGGGGGCCUGCCUGACUCCUGCCAGCGGCUGCUGACUUUCUCCUUCCUACCCAAGGGAUCGUGCUCUGGCCACGCUCCAUCCGAUGGGCCAGAGCAGCCACCACCCUCCCCAGGCCACGGCCGGAGCCUCAUCAUUCCCCAGCCCUGGUUCCCGGGGCUCUAAUUUAUAGCCGAGGACGACGGCAGACUUCUGGAGCACUACCAUCUCCCGCCCUCUUGCCCGCCUUCUUCCUCACUCAGUCUUUGUACAUCUGGGCCCUUAGUUUUUAUUCUUUUUAUUUUCUCUCUCUCGCGUGCGUGCGUGUGUGUGCGUGUGUGGGUGUGUGCAUGGCCACUCAGGGCCCUGGCAGUCUUUCUUCUCUUCCUUUCCUCCUCCAUGGCUGGCCCCGGCCUCCAGGAGCUGUCCGUCCAUGUGUGUGUCUGUGAGAACCUUUAGGGGCUGUCGGGAGCUGAAGGGCCUCCCUCCCAGUGCUGCUCUGUGCCCGGAGCCCUCUCUGGAGCCGACCUUGGGGCGGGGGCUGCAGGUAUAAGUGCUGCUGCUCCGUCUCAGGAGCCUCCUCCUGGGACUCGGGGCUUCUGGCAGGGUCAGCAGUGCUGGCUCCCUCUUUUCCCUCCCUCUCUUCCCUCCCUCUUUCUCCUUAAACCCCCGAACAGGAAUGCCAGAAGCUCUUACAUUGUAACCUGUAGAUGGUGGAGGGGAGAGGCGAUUGGGUUGUCGGGCCCUCCCUGCCCUUCCCUCCAGCCCGUGCCACUGACCCAAAGACAGCUGGUGGCUUUCCUUCCCGGGACAAGCCUGUUUGCCUGCUGCUCAAGGCAGCUCCUCUGCCACCUGCUGAGCCUCCCAGGCUGCCUUCUGCCUGGACCUUGAACCUUACUGGGUCUUGGGGCCCUGAUGACCUAGCCGGUGUCGCCUGCUCAGGGUCCUGCUCACUAGCGCCUCCUUUUGGCGGGGUGUGGGGUGUUCCUCCGAGCCAGGCUGGGAGGGGAACCCCUCCUUCCCACCACAGCUCCACCACAUCACCCCAGCGUGGCUGCUGCAGGGGCACAACAGGGAAUGGCCUGAGCCCCAGGUUUGGAAGCCCCGGUUGGGAUAGGGGGAGGCAGGUGCAGGCCCCGCGGAGCAGGAAGCCCGGAAGAACUGCCUGGGGCGGGGGCGGGGCCCAGAAGGCAGCGUGGGCCCUGAACCAGCCUGGCUGAGCUGGGACUGGAGCCCUCAGUUGAGGGUGCACUAACAGGCAGAGAUGUGUCCUGGCCGGGACAGACACCCAGCUGGCUGGGUCCUUCCUCAGCCUUGCCUCCCUCUUGUCCCCAACCCCUCUCCUGUCCUGCUCCCAGACUGCUGGUCCUUCACUCCCCUCUCCCAGCUGUUUCUAGUUACCACUGGCCCAUGGCCACAGACUGACCAGACCAGCACACAACAUGAAAGCUUGUCCACGUUGACAGGUGGAGGAGCUGCCACUGAGAACACUGGUGCCCUGCCUGCCCCAGCCCCAGUCUUAGAGAGCAGGGCAGGGAGGGCAGCCCAGAUUCUGGGAGGCAGGCGUGGCCUCACCACCCACGCUCUCCCACCAGCUCUGACACAGGACAAGUUGCCAGACUUCUCUGGACUUCAGUUGCCUCCUCCCCAGCAAGAGGUGAAUGCCUCCGGGGGGUCAGAAUUUAUUGAGGAUGUAUGUGAGGCCCCAUGUGCCCAGCACGCUGCGUGUACCCACGCUGGUCCCCAAGGCCAUAGCAGAGGCCCCGAGCUGGGGGACAGGCUUGAGAGAGGUGGCAUGGACAUGUCUGGUGUGGCUGGGGCUGUGCCAGGUGUCUCCCUCACUUCAUAGUCUGAGGGAGGUGGCGUUGGCGCCAUUGUUCUAGGUGGGGACACAAGCUCAGAGGCGCAGUGCCACCAGCAGGCGGGGUCUUCCCACCCUGGCCCUUGGCCCAGCCAUUCCCGCUCAGCUGUGUCCUUUGGCCCCUCCUGUUCCUUUGUCUCCUGGCGGUUUCCCUCUUGCUUUUUGGCUCAUUCUGCUUGCAGGGCUGCUGCCCACGGAAUCCUUGGUAAUCAGAGGGCUCCAGUGUUGAGCGCCCUGCUCUGUCCCCUUGCGGGUGCUGUGGAACUGGUAUUUCCCUGGGCGUGGCCAUGGUAGACGUGGUUUUGUUGGAACUUUUCGGCCUCUGUGAGCAUAACCACUGGAUGUUAGGAAGCCGUGGCCGCCACCUGGCCUCUGUCCUCAGAUGCUCGGGAGGCUGGUUCGGAUCCGUGUGGCCACCGGGCCACACCUGCUAGCAGGGCAGACCGAGUGCAGCGUUUCACUGUCCUCCACGGGGACGACCCGAGUUCCCUGUGGGUCUCAGCCUACCAGCUCCAUUUGGAACAGAACACCAGCCCUUUUGUAGUUGAUGAAGAAUAAAGUUGUUAAUCGGAUCAUCUCAGUGGCAAACCCUGACCCUUCUGUGUGUGUGGUAGGGGCGGUGGCAUCUUAACUCCGUCACACCGCUGUUCUGCGGACUGGCCCCGGCACAGCACGGGCAGCAGGACUGUGACGUGGGCGGGGAGUGCACGUUGGCUUGGGGCCAAGGGGCGUACCACAGGGAAGAUGGUGUGAGUUGUGCCGUGAGGGGCCAGUAGGAUUUGAACGUGUGCAGACAGGCAGAGGGUAUGUGCCUGGUCCGAGGGCGAGAGCAGAGGCCCCAAGCCCUGUGACUGUGGUAAGUUCCAGGGACUCGGUACUGCUCAGGGCUGUCUCCUUUGUUGAAAAAUGGUGCUAGUUGCAGAGCAGGUGUUGAGUGGAACCGGGAGAGAAGUGAGCAGUCAGUGGGGGACGAGUCUUGUGUAGGACUAGCUCUUUCCUGGGACCCUAAGCUGAGGGGAUCUGAACUGGCGCAGAACCUCUGGGCUGGAUUUGCACUCCACCGGGCACCCUCUGUGGCACUUGACCCCAGCCCCUCCUACUGACCUGUUCCUGCCUUUAUUUUCUCAGCUGUGAUGGGGACUGGCCCUGGGCCAGGUGUCAUGGUCAGACGAGGCGUGUUGGAGGGUGCAGUGGGGGACCGCCCCUGGCCCUCUGAGCAGCUCGUUAGAGACACUGACUGGGGAGUGUUUAGGGGAAGGGCCAGGACCUGAGCCGGCAGCUUCUGGCUCUCAGGGCACCCACUUCCGUGUCCCAGCCCAGCCCAGACUCGGGGGCAGAUGUCUAACUCCUGUGGAGAAGGACGCAGCCCUGAAGGCAGAUGUGGUCAUUAGUUAAGCAGGUAACUUGCUACCUUCUACUCAUGUGGCUCUAGAAGAUGCUUCAUAUGAUGUCAGGGUCGGCUAAUAAAGCCACCCCACUUUCUCCUGCCCAUCCUUGAGCCCAGAAUCACUGGGGCAGGGCCUGCUUAGGCCGCACCUCCCACCACAGCUGGGUUUUAGCUGAGAGGCCUGGGUUUCUAACUCAGGAGUAAGUCUUUGAAGCAUUGUUUUGGCCAAGAAUUCAUUCUCGUUUUCCCAAAAGAAGAUUCCCUGUGCAAUGGCCAGAUAAAAACCAUGUAUUCUCCCCCCAAAACACAAACAAAAAACAGGUAUUCCAUGAGUCCUGGGCAUAAUUUACUCUGCAUAGGUAUAAAUUAGAAUCUGGAGAUAAGAAAAGAGCCCAGUGGCGCAGCAUUUGUGACAGAAGAGCUGGGCAGAGGUGUGCGGGCCAGCGCCGGAGGAGCACAGGGUGGCCUGGGGCCUGGCCUUCAGCCCCGCCCCGCCCCGUGAGGCUCGGCCCUCGGGAGGGCGCCUGCCUGCAUGGCAGCCCCUCUUGGCAUCCGGGUUACACGGAACUGAAAUCACCCAGCACCCCACAGAACGGGGCUAGGAAUCAAGCUCUUAGCUUUUCAGUUAAAAAAAUGACCUUGAAAAGUGUUUACAUAAUAACAGCAGGGCCAGCUGAGGC